AUGGCUACAUCCUAUUGGCUUCCCACUGUUAAUAUGCUCACUUCACUUGUUGAAUUGCAUUUGCCCUCUUGUAGACUUCCCAUGCUUCCUCUCACUCUUCCUUCCAUCAAUUUCACAUCCCUUUUAGUUCUUGAUCUCUCUAAGAAUAAAUUCACCUCCACAAUACCUCCUUGGUUGUUCAAUCUCACUGAACUAGAGAUGUUGGAUUUGACAGAUAACAAUUUGACAGGAAAACUGCUUGAUUCUUUGGGAUAUCUUAAAAGCUUGAGAUACCUCGACUUGUCGUAUAACUCAUUUCAGGAUUCAAUUCCAAAAUCGAUUGGAAAUUUAACAUCUUUGGAAGAGUUUGACCUUGCAUGGAACCAAAUGAGUGGGAUCAUCCUAGAAAGUCUUGGGGAGCUCUCAUCACUGGUUUCAUUUGAUAUCUAUGGCAACACAUGGGAAGGUGCCAUUACAGAAGCUCAUUUCGCGAAACUUGGAGGCCUGAGAAGAUUAUCAAUUGAAAACAAUUCCCCAAAAUUUCUUUGGAUUUCAGACACGACACCGGAUUGGUUUUGGCAGUUGGUUUUGCAAUUAGAUGCUCUAGAUAUCGCUUUUAAUCAACUAAGUGGCAGGGUGCCCAAUUCAUUAAGAUUCAGCUGUAAUUCCAUUGUUGAUUUGAGUUCAAAUCGCUAUGAGGGCCCACUCCCACUCUGGUCCUCAAACAUUACCGUGCUGUAUCUUAGCGAUAAUCUAUUUUCAGGGCCAAUUCCUCAUAACAUUGGUCAAGUGAUGCCCCAUUUGACACAUCUAGACAUUUCUAGAAACUCUUUGAGCGGAAGCAUUCCCCUGUCCUUUGGUAAUUUAAGCCAAUUAACAACCAUGGUUAUCUCAAAUAACCACUUGUCUGGUGAGAUUCCUCAUUUUUGGAACAAUAUACCAUUUUUGCUUGCUAUAGACAUGUCAAGCAACAGUCUCACUGGUAAAAUCCCAAGAACCUUAGGCUCUCUUACUUCGCUCAAAUAUUUGAUCGUCUCUAGCAACAACUUGUCAGGUGAAGUUCCUUCCUUGAAAAACUGUUCUGACAUGAGGAUUCUUGAUCUUGGUGAUAACAAGUUUUCUGGACUGAUUCCGGCUUCCAUCGGAGAAAGCAUGCCUUCUUUAAAGAUUCUAUGCUUGAGGAACAACUCAUUUACUGGAAGCAUCCCUUUACAAUUAUGUGGCCUUUCCACUCUCCAUAUAUUGGACUUAUCACACAACAAUCUUUCCGGAAAUAUUCCCCACUGCAUAGAUAAUUUGAGUGGCUUGAAAUAUGAGGUCAAAGACAUAGGUAUAGAAGUCUACGGUUACCAGGGAAGAUUGGGGGUGGUGUCAAAAGGAAGAGUGCUUGUAUAUGACUCCAUCCUUUACCUUGUUUAUAGCAUUGAUCUCUCGGACAAUAACUUGUCAGGGGAGAUUCCUGUGGGGAUAACAAGCCUAAUAAAGUUGGGCACCUUAAAUUUGUCCAUGAAUCAUUUGACAGGAAAUAUCCCAGCAAAUAUGGGAAACUUGGGGUUGGUAGAAAUUCUUGAUCUAUCAAUGAACAAACUUUUAGGUUCAAUUCCACAGAGCAUGGUUUCUGCAACAUUUUUGAAUCAUCUGAACCUGUCAUACAAUAACUUGUCCUGGAAAAUUGCAACGGGUAACCAGUUUCAGACCUUUGUUGACCCAUCAAUUUAUGAGGGCAAUGCCAGUCUUAGCGGGUGUCUAUUACCAAUUGGUUGCCAAGACAAUAAAGAAGCACCUCAAAUUCCAAGUGGAGAUGGAGGAGAGGAUGAUGAUAGUAAACUUGAAAAGCUACAAUUCAUCAUCAGCAUGGUGAUAGGUUUCUGUGCAGGAUUCUGGGGAGUUUUUGGGACUUUUGCCGUGAAGAGGUUUUGA